UCAUUUUAUCUGUCAGACCUAUCGAAAAUAUCGAGCCUUGGUCGAAAAUCACAAAAAAGUGCUAAAUUUUUGCAACUAGGCUAAGAAAUAAAUGAUUGCGCGUAUUUAAUGUGCAGAAGUAAAAAACUAUAUCAACGUGAAGUCACCACAGAUUACCCGCUACAACGAGAGAGAGUGAGACAUGUUGACGCACAAAACUUGCCAGGCACGAAAAAAAAUGCAGGUUUCCUUUGUGAUACGAGACGCAGAGGAAAAGCAGCAUAGAAACGGUGUCAAUGCUCUGCAAUUGGAUGCCAACAAUGGCAAGUUGUAUUCGGCCGGACGGGAUGCCAUUAUACGGGUGUGGAAUACACGGACGGAGUCAAAUGACAAAUACAUUCAGUCCAUGGAACAUCACAACGAUUGGGUCAACGAUAUUGUGCUCUGUUGUAAUGGGAGAAAUUUGAUCAGCGCCAGCUGUGAUACCACCGUCAAAGUGUGGAACGCCCACAAAGGCUUCUGCAUGUCCACACUGCGCACUCACCGGGAUUAUGUGCAGGCGCUGGCCUAUGCCAAGGAUCGGGAGCAGGUGGCCAGUGCCGGACUGGACAAGGCCAUAUUCCUGUGGGACGUGAAUACGCUGACGGCGUUAACGGCCAGCAAUAACACCGUGACCACCUCUAGUCUGACUGGAUCGAAGGACUCGAUCUACAGCCUGGCCAUGAAUCCCUCCGGCACCGUGAUUGUGAGUGGCUCCACGGAGAACAUUCUCCGGAUUUGGGAUCCUCGCACCUGCAUGCGCAGCAUGAAACUUCGUGGACACACGGAGAAUGUCCGUUGUUUGGUCGUGUCGCCGGAUGGCAAUCAGGUCGUAUCCGGCAGCUCCGAUGGCACCAUCAAGGUGUGGAACCUGGGCCAACAGCGUUGCAUUCAGACCAUCCAUGUGCACAAGGAGGGCGUAUGGUCACUCCUAAUGAGUGAGAAUUUCCAAUACAUCAUAUCCGGCAGUCGGGAUCGUAAUAUCAUAGUGACGGAAAUGCGAAAUCCGAGCAACAAGAUGCUUGUGUGCGAGGAGAAGGCUCCGGUGUUGAGUCUGGGCUACAACAUGGACAAGACCGGAGUGUGGGCAACCACCUGGAACUCGGACAUUCGCUGCUGGAAGCUGCCCAUGUACGAUAGAUGUACCUUGACCUCCGGCGGAGGCAUGGAUGCACAGUGGACACAGGGUGGCACGGAUCUGGCGUGCAUAAAAGGCGGAGCCGCCAUCAAGGAGUGCACCGUGCUGAACGACAAGCGAUAUAUUAUCACAAAGGACUCACAGGAUCAGGUGGUGGUCUAUGAUGUACUCCGUGUGGUCAAGAAGGAUGAUCUGGGAACAGUCGACUACGAGGAGGAGAUCAAAAAGCGCAAUAAACAAGUCUACAUUCCAAAUUGGUUUACGGUUGAUUUAAAAACUGGAAUGCCAACGAUUGUUUUGGGACAGGAAGAAGUUGAUUGCUUCUCCGCUUGGGUUUCCAUUGAAGCCGGUCUGCCGGAAUGUGACGAACCGACAACGGAGAUCAAGAUAAACUAUGGCAAACUGCUGCUGGAGGCACUGUUGGAGUAUUGGACGCCGCCGCACAGUGUACCACCGAAUGACAUAGAGCCGGAUGUGCGGGGUAACGGUUAUUUUCAGGUGCCCAAGCACACACCCGUUAUAUUUAGUGAGGUGGGUGGACGCACAGUGUGUCGACUGCUUGUGAGGGAUGCAGCGGGCGACAGUGAGAGUACCUUGCUCCACGAGACGGCUCCACAGUGGGUGACGGACGUGGUGAUCGAGAGGAAUAUACCCAAAUUCCUUAAAAUACCCUUCUUCCUGCAGCCACAUCCACAGAUGACCAAACCGGAGCGUACUAAAAAGGAUCGAUUGGUGGCCAACGAGUUUAUACAGUGCCGAAAAGUAUGCGAACAUGUCCUCGAAAAAGUCCUGAAUGCCGAAACAACUCCAAGUGGAGGCAACAAUGCAAAUAACUCACUACAAAACAGUCAGAGCGAUGCCAACUCGGAGGGAUCUCAACUUCCGGCGGAGGAGCGCAUUGAGUUGUGGUGCAACGAUGUGGUCGUUGAUCCGAAUAUGGAUCUGCGGACAGUUCGUCAUUUUAUAUGGAAACAAUCGACUGAUUUAACAUUUCAAUAUAAAACAAAGCAAAACUUUAACUUUGAUGGUUCAAUCGGUGAUAGUUUGGAGCGCGUCACACGCAAAUAUUGAAAUAUUGAGUGCAAGAUCCGAUCUGCCAGAUCUACCAGAUUUACCAGAUUAUUGUGCUUUACCUUAUGGCGUUGAUAUCCCCAGCAAAACGCAUGUGAUCUUUCGUUAAUAACAGAGCUGCAAAUAGAUCAUCCCUUUGUAUUUGUAUCUAUGUUCCGAAUAUGUAUAUGUAUUUGUGUUUAUAUAUAUUUUUUUUCAUUUAAGUUCAUUAAUUUUAUUUGCUCAAAACACUUAGUCUAAAAUACACGAGCAUAAUUCACAUUUCAAAUAAUUUAAGUGAGGAUCUUUUUUUCAACAGUAUAUAAUAAAAUCACACUUAUAUGCAUACCAGAUCUAUAACGACACAUAUAAAUACAUAUACACAGAAAAAAUUAUCAACAACAUCGUCUUGAAACAAGUUUUGUAAUAAUAUUAAUAAUAUAAAUAUAUAGCAUGUAUGUAUGUCAUAUAUUAUUCAAUUGUUUAAUUAGAUUCAUUUACAUAUAGUAAUUCUAAGUUUUCUGUUAUAUGAUAAAUUACAAAAAAAAAAA